UUUGCCAAUGUUUUCACGAAUUGUCGAGAUUUCUUGAUGUCGUUUACGCGAAAUUCAAAACUUAUGAUGAUGUCCAGAACCAGCGAAGACGCCGAGCUGGUCCUAGCACAUCUCAUCCACCCCGUGACGGUGAAGGAGAUGGUCCGACGUUGGUUGGAGGAGGACACGCCAAGUUUUGACUAUGGCGGGUUUGUUGUAGGAGAGAGGGAACAGUCGGCGGUGUUGCUGUGCAAGUCUGCCGGGGUGCUGGCAGGGGUGCCGUUCUUUAACGCGAUCUUUGAGGAGUUGAGCUGCACCGUUGACUGGCAGGUGCCAGAAGGAACACCUUUGGAGCCUGUCAGUGAGCCCAUCACUGUAGCUAUAGUAACUGGGAAGGUGAGACACCUUCUGCUAGGUGAGAGGGUGGCCCUGAACUGUAUCACCCGGGCCAGCGGGAUCGCCACCCAGGCCAGACGUAUGUCGGACAUCGCCCAGGGUACGGACUGGCACGGGGAGGUAGCGGGGACAAGAAAGACCACGCCAGGCUUCCGACUUGUGGAGAAGUAUGCGUUACUGGUGGGCGGGAUCUCCACACACAGAUAUGACUUGUCCUCCAUGAUUAUGCUGAAGGAUAAUCACAUCUGGUCGGCAGGAAACAUCACUCAGGCAGUGAAAGAUGCUAAGAGAGUAGGAGGAUUUUGUACUAAGAUCGAGGUGGAGUGCCGCUCUGUGGAGGAGGCUCUGGAGGCAGCAGGAGCGGGAGCAGACGUGGUCAUGUUGGACAACUUUGAGCCACAGGCCCUGCAUCCUGCUGCAAGAGUAAUAAAAGACAAGUUCCCACACAUCUUAGUGGAGUCCAGUGGGGGAAUCCGUGAGGACACUCUGUACAAGUACAUGGGUCCCCACGUGGAUGUCAUAUCCCUGAGCAUCACCACACAGGGAUAUCAGACUGUAGACUUCUCCUUCAAGAUACAGAAACAAGGAAAGAACCCACACAACCCACGUGUGCAGACAGCCUUAUGAUCUAUCAUGUGAAUUUUUUUAGAUUAUUUUUGUAAUGAGACCUU